AUGCGCAGAGUACAACCAUGACGUCACAGGUCGCAAAACAAAGUCUCGAGCCAUUGAUGUAGUGGUGUGUUGUUGUGGGAAUUAUUCCUUGAGUUUUCUGCCUUUUAGUUUGCCCUUUAACAUAGAUAUGACGAUUUUACCAAAAAAGAAACAUUCCGAAACUAAAAAACCUGAAACAAAUACAAGUAACGAAGCUAGGGGGAGAAUACGUGGAGCUCAAAACUGGUCCUCGCCUCAGGAGAGAAGCUGGACUUCAGAAGAGUAUGGCGGCGAAGAGUCGUAUCGUUCUGGAAACUUUGAGGCUAGAGAGUCGUCAGACGCAUCUAGCGGGUCCAAAAGAAGGCACAGGGCUUCCCCUCACAGACAUAAAUACCACGAAAGACAUUCAGAAGAGACUGGCUAUAAUAGCUCAGACGAACACGACGGGCAAAACCUAGAAGUCGCGACAGAUGAAAUGGAGAGGCAAUUUGAGCAAGCUUUGAAGGAAAAGAAAGGGUUUACAAUUAAGCGAAUGGCUGAGGAUGGCGCUUGCCUCUUUCGAUCUGUCGCUGACCAAGUGUAUGGUGACCAGGAGAUGCAUGGUGUUGUCAGGAAACACUGCAUGGAUUACAUGCUCAAGAAUAUGGAUUAUUUUUCUCAGUAUGUUACUGAAGAUUUCCGUAGCUAUAUUAGACGCAAGAGAGAUAAUCAUUGCCAUGGCAACCAUGUUGAGAUGCAAGCACUCAGUGAGAUGUAUAACAGAACUAUAGAGGUUUACCAAUACAGUAUAGAACCAAUAAAUAUUUUUCAUAGCUCGCACAAAACUGACAAUGAACCAAUCCGGUUGAGCUAUCACAAUAAUAUUCACUACAACUCUGUUAUCAACCCUAACAAGCCUUCUGUUGGCGUUGGACUUGGCAUUUCCGGCUACAAGCCAUGGAAUGUACUUGUAAAUGAUGCUUUCAAGCAGUCUGAAGAAUGGCAUAUUGAGCAGCAAAUGCUUGAAGACAAGCUGCGAGCGACAGACUGGGAAGCCACAGAUGAGGCUAUGGAGGAGGCAGUAGCCCGGGAGUCUUAUCUAGACUGGCUCCAAGACUCUGAGAAACGUGCCCGGGGUGCUAGAGCAGCCACUUGGCCAGGGGCUACAGCAUCCAGCAGUAGUACAUCAACCUCUACAGAAUCCAAGCGCCCAACAUCACCCCAUCACAGAGAACGUGAUCGGGACCCAGAGAAUGCUCCACCCAGCAAAUCACCACGACACUCACCAGCAUCAACACCAACUUCGUCCUGGCAUGAUUUACCAGGUCCAAGCCUUCCAGACAAUUCCCCAUCUGUGGCAAGUACUUCCACAAGUGGUGCUUCGUCAGUGGUGGGAAGUAACAUGGGAAUCAUAGAGCCUAGGCCUGGCUGCUCUACACACAUUUCUAAUCCCCCGUCCCCUCAGGGUGCUGAGGGCGGGGCUACACCUGUCAUGCCCAACUACUUGGACUUUAUACCUAAAUCUGGCUAUGGUCUAAGUGAGUGGGAAGAUGAGAGAAUUCUUGCUGUUGUGCUAGCGGAAUCCCAAAAAGAUUACCUAGCCUCACUCAAGAAGUCCAAGAAAGAGAAAUCCCCUGAACCAGGGACACACAGUUCGUAACAGCGACUAGAAUAAGUGUAGACCAGCCAAAUUAUUAGAUGUACAGCACUAGAAGAACCAUGGCGAUGGUGUUCAGGGUGUGAUUUCCAAGUUUGCAUCAAAUGAUCGCUCUGACCAGACAGAGACACUCCCUGUUCAUUCACAACCACACUGCCGCCCCUUUACGGGAUGGAACAUUUCAUGAGGGGAAACCUUUCUCGGGAAACCACGGCUUUUUUGAUAAACCAUAUAAUUAGAUAGUACUUAUUUUCAUUAUAAUGAUAAAAGGGCAACUUUAUUUAAAAUUGAAACGAUUCUUAGACCUCUAAAAAAAAUCAGAAACUUUUUAUCGAUGAUUAUAAUGGAUAAUGGGAAAGAGGACGGUUUGUUACCAUGCGCAGGUUUCGGGCCGCAUGCUGCAGAAGUUGGCUUCUCCAGACCCUGCGGCCGUAUAACCGUACUUCAAAAGACUACAAGGAGCAAUAAUCGUGUUGGUUUUAAAAUGAGAGCUAUUUACGAAUGCAAUUCACUAUAGGAUGUUAAUAAUAAAGUGUAAAUAAUAGGCAAUUUACCGUUACAAUAAAAAAAGGUUUGUUAUAUUGA